AUGGAGCUGUUCAAGAAAGUUCAUAUAAACAUUCCUUUGUUAGAUGCAAUCAAACAAGUACCAUCGUAUGCCAAAUUCCUCAAAGAUAUUUGCACUAACAAAAGAAAGUUCAUGGAACAUGAGAAAGUGAUGCUAUCCGAAGAGUGCAGUGCCGUUCUCCUCAACAAAUUGCCUCCAAAGUUGAAAGAUCCAGGGAGUUUUACAAUCCCUUGUGUUAUUGGCAAUUUACAAAUUGAAAAAGCUUUGAUUGAUUUAGGAGCUAGUAUUAACUUAAUGCCAUUAUCUGUUUUUCAGCAACUUGGUGUCGGAAAGAUGCAACCAACAUCAAUAAGCUUACAACUUGCAGAUCGUUCCAUCAAAUUUCCACUUGGGAUUAUUGAAGACAUUUUAAUAAAAGUGGAUCGAUUCUUGCUGCCAGCAGACUUUAUUAUUUUGGACAUGGAAGAAGAUCGAGAUAUUCCCAUCAUUAUGGGAAGACCAUUUUUGGCCACUGCUGGAACAAUAAUUGAUGUAAAAAAGGGGUUAUUGACAAUGAAUGUUGAAGGAGAAUCAGUGGAAUUUCGAGUAUUUGCAGCCAUGAAGAGACCAAUGGACAUAGAGGAGUGCAACCGAUUGGACAUAAUUGAUCAGCUUGUACAAAGCAAAUUCAUCGCUGAAGCUGGUAAUGAUGAAUUAAAAACCAGUAUUGAGUAUCCCGAUUUGACUCGAGCUAUAGCUGAUGAAGUGUCAGACGUGGUGGCUGUGCUAAGUUCUACUCCGCCUCUUAAAUGGAAACGAACUGCUGAACCUUUAGGACCACCUAUCCCACGAGCAGUACCAUCUAUUCAACAAGCCCCAAAGCUGGAACUUAAACCGCUGCCAACUCAUCUGAAAUAUGUAUUCCUUGGAGAUGCAGAGACUCUACCCAUAAUUAUCGCUUCUGAUUUGAGUGAUACUGAAGAAGAAAAACUUUUGAGGGUCGUUAGAGAGCACAAAGAGGCAAUCGGGUGGACUAUAGCAGAUAUACGAGGUAUAAGUCCCUCCAUGUGCAUGCAUAGAAUUUAUCUGGAGGAAAGUGCCAAACCAACAAUUGAUGCACAACGAAGGUUGAAUCCGAUCAUGAAGGAAGUUGUGCGAACCGAAGUUUUGAAGCUGCUAGAUGUUGGGGUAAUUUAUCCUAUCUCAGACAGUCCAUGGGUGAAUACAAAGUUUGAGUUUGAUCAGUCUUGUUUGCAUGCAUUUCACACUCUUAAACAACUUCUUAUUUCAGCUCCUAUUAUCACAGUUCCAGAUUGGAACUUGCCGUUUGAACUAAUGUGUGAUGCUAGUGAUUUUGCAGUAGGUGCUGUGCUGGGCCAAAGGAAAGACAAGCUGCCACAAGUGAUCUAUUAUGCAGAAUUUGAUGUAGAGUUGCGAGACAAGAAAGGUGCUGAGAAUCUAGUGGCGGAUCACUUAUCUCGACUCACUCACAAUGAAGAAAAGGAUACCUUACCUUUGAAUGAAAAUUUUCCUGAUGAGAAAUUGUUUGUCCUUAAACAUGAAACACCAUGGUAUGCAGAUAUCGCCAACUACUUGGCUAGUGGCAGGUUACCACCUAAUCUGAGCACUCAGCAAAGAAAAAAAUUUUUAGCUAAUGUGAAAUUUUAUUUUUGGGAUGAACCAUACUUGUAUAAGUAUUGUGCUGACCAAAUAAUCCGAAGGUGUGUACCAGCCAUUGAACAAAGUAGUGUGCUGGAGUUUUCUCAUCACCAUGCGUUUGCUGUUGAGUACGUCUCCAAAUGGGUAGAAGCAGUGGCUGCCCCGACUAAUGAUCACAAGGUUGUAUUAAAGUUUUUACAAGGCACCAUUUUUCCAAGAUUUGGUAUUCCUCGUGCAAUUAUUAGUGAUGGCGGACGACACUUUGUCAACAAGGCCUUCAAAUCUCUAUUGUCCAAAUAUAACUUCUUGCACAAGGUGGCCACGCCAUAUCAUCCCCAAACAAGUGGACAAGUUGAAGUUUCGAAUAGGGAAAUCAAACGGAUUUUGGAAAAAACAGUGAAUGGUUCUCGAAAGGAUUGGUCUACGAAGCUUCAUGACGCCUUGUGGGCUUAUCGGACAGCAUACAGAACACCCAUUGGAAUGUCCCCUUUUCGGUUAGUGUAUGGGAAAGCAUGUCAUCUACCAGUUGAGCUGGAACACAGAGCUUUCUGGGCCAUCAAGAAAUUAAAUUUUGACUAUCAAGUUGCUGGAGAGAAGCGGCAAUUGCAACUUAACGAACUGGAGGAAAUUCGUAAUGAUGCGUACGAGAAUGCAAAUAUUUAUAAGGAGAGAACUAAACACUUUCAUGAUAAGAUCAUCCUUCGCAAAGAAUUUCUACCUGGACAAAAGGUGUUGUUGUUCAAUUCCCGACUACGUCUUUUUCCGGGUAAACUUAAGUCACGAUGGUAUGGCCCUUUUCUUGUUGUACAGGUAUUACCUCAUGGAGCUGUUGAAAUUCAGAAUGUAAAGGACGGGACAAUCUUCAAAGUUAACGGCCAUCGUUUGAAGCCGUAUCUUGAAACCCCAGGAAUUUUUGAUGCAGAAAAGACCUCACUCUACUUGAGUGAGCCAACUGAUUUCACUUAG